CAAGCCAAGACUGCUAUCAGCAAAAAGGUUAGUCAUGCCUCGGACCAAUCAACCGCCAAUUCCCUAUCUUAUCAGUCCAUGGCGAUAUCGACGUCAUCAUCAGCCCUUUCCCUUGUCUGGUACUCUCUUUUGUCCUUUUCUCUUUCUUUGUUUUCGCGAUAAUCAGUUUUUAUCAAUUAUCAAUACAGUAGCCACUGCCGAUCGCUUCUCCAGGGGUUUUUUUUUUUGCUUUUUUCGUAUUUCGAGUCGGAGGUUUUGCCGGCAUGAGAGCGUGAAGUAUAAAUAUAUCCUAGAUCCGUCCCGCGUGUUCGCUCUUGUUCCUGGUUGCACUGCCUUACUUUGCUUUACUACAUACCUUUUCAUCAACUACUAUCAUCGGUAAUCCCAGCUUAUUAUCAACGUCAAUAUCAAAAUGGUCGAACAUGAACCGGUAGUCUCGCAUGGUCGAGGAGGUCAGGGGAAUAUCGGCGCAGACUCUACCCCAUACGUCGACGCCGGAAUCGUCCGUGAAGGUGUCGUGGGCGAUCAGGGCGAUGGCGCAUAUUCUGCUGGUCGCGGAGGAGCAGGUAAUAUCGGAUCACCUCACGUUCGUCCAACCUCCGCCGUUCCCCACGAUGCGGAAAUCGUCCCUGAAUUGGCGAUUCGCAGUUCCAGCGAUGAGAAUUAUCAUAUUGGGCGCGGAGGCCAUGGAAACGUCCAUCUCGACGAAGCGCAUAAGAAGGAGAAAGAGCAGAAGAAGGAAAAGCAUCGAUCGACGUAUGAGGGGCUGGCGGAUCGAUUGAAGGCUAAGCUGUUUGGUCGGAAGUAGAUGGAGAUGAAGAUUGAAAUUCAGGUUGUGUCUGGUUAUACCUAAUCCUAGUG